AAUAAAGUUGGGUAGAAAGGGCAGUCACUUCCGGGUGGCAGUCGCGAGCCUCCUGAAGCGGACUGACUGGAGUUGUGUAACUGUGCAGCAGCGGAUAUCUGGGAUCAGAGCAGCGCUCGGACUCUCCGCGUCACGAUGGCGAGCAGCAUCACCACUCAACGAGGGCAGGUGUAUAUCGGGGAGCUCCCCCAGGACUUCCUGCGGAUCACGCCCACCCAGCAGCAGCAGCAGGUCCAGCUGGACGCGCAGGCAGCCCGACAGCUUCAGUAUGGAGGCUCCAUUGGCGCCAUGGGCCGCCUCAGCAUCACAGUGGUUCAGGCUAAGCUGGCAAAAAAUUACGGCAUGACCCGGAUGGAUCCGUACUGCCGCAUCCGCCUCGGUUACGCUGUGUAUGAGACACCCACGGCUCACAACGGGGCAAAGAACCCGCGGUGGAACAAAGUCAUCCAGUGCACUGUUCCACCUGGUGUCGACUCCUUCUACCUGGAAAUAUUUGAUGAGAGAGCGUUCUCCAUGGACGAUCGGAUAGCCUGGACUCACGUCACCAUCCCUGAAGGUCUGAGGGAGGGCAGCGUGGUGGACGAGUGGUUCAGUCUCAGUGGACGGCAGGGCGAUGACAAGGAGGGCAUGAUCAACCUGGUCAUGUCCUUCGCUUCUAUUCCAGCUGGGAUCGUGACCCAACCAGUCGUCCUGAUGCCCUCGGUCUACCAACAGGGGGUGGGGUAUGUGCCCAUUGCAGGAGUCCCUGCCGUCUACAACCAGGGCAUGGUGCCCAUGGCAGUGCCUACAGGUCGGCCACCUGUUGGGGGCCAGGGCCCGGGGUGCAGCGAGGAGGACCUGAAGGCCCUGCAAGACAUGUUCCCCAACUUGGACCAGGAGGUGGUUCGCACAGUGCUGGACGCACAGCAGGGCAACAAGGACGCCGCCAUCAACUCGCUGCUUCAGAUGGCUGAGGAGCUCUAACUGCAAGAGACGGACCUGCCAACACACACACACACAUACACACACACACACACACACACACACACACACACACACACACACACACACAUUAGACGUGAACACACGAAGAGACUGCCGCCCCCCCCCCGCACACAGCCAGUCCGCGCCGAAUGAUUCAACAACAACUGUACGUGUCUGUGAUCGUGUCUCUGCUCGUGUACCACUGUCCGGACCCUCAACACGUCACCAUAUUUAAGUGUGGAACCUAACACUGUCUACUGAUUCAUGGGUGAUAAAAAAAAAAUACAAUCUAUACUGACAGCCCGCAGAUUCAUGACCACACAGCAGAUUUCCUCCAGCUUCUUUCCAGUCUCCCGGAAGGGUGCUGGGGAGGGAGGAGCUUAAGUUGUACCCCAUUACUCCGGAUUUGGAUCCCAUUGUUGCAAAGCAGGGUUAUUGAUGUAGUACAUGUUUGAAGCAGAAAAAAUAUAUUUAGGCAUAAAUGAGGAACUGGACAAUAUACAAGGAUCACAGGGUUUGAUAUUCUGUGUUAACUGAACAAAAAGGAUGUGGGUUUAAACCCCCACAGGCUUUGUUUGAGUUCUUUCAGGCCUGAGUUUGUACUGUCUCUCCAGCGCUCAGUUUUCUGACCACAGUCCAAAAACCAGCUCCAGCUCAUGAUGGGACUGAUGAGGCGUCAUGAAACUGAGCUCAGUAGGUGGCGCUCUUUCUUUAAUGCUCAUGUGCGGUUUCAUUGAAAUGGUUGUUUAAAGCCAAAGAUUUUAGUACAGAGAGUGCCACCUAGUGGGCUCUGGAAAUGAGGUUCCAUGAAGCCUCACCCAGCAGUCACGAAACCAUUCACUGGAAAAGCGGAUGACAAUGAGUGAGACGUGUAACGCGCAUGUGAAGGAGGCCAAAUGUCCAACCAUACUGUGCGUGUGUCAAAGGCUGGAGGAAACCCCCUGCUGUCCAGUGUUCCCUUGUCUUACUCAGAAUCAACCCUCACACGUGAUGGUCGAUGAGCGCUCGUCCUUCUUUUACCGGAUUGUGAAACAGUUUGAAGAUACGCUGGCAGACAGUGGAAGGUCUCACAGGCUGCGCGAAGCCCUCAUCCAUUUAAUCCUUUUUGUCUCACCGUGACGCCAUCGCUUUACAAAUUGUUUCUUGCUUCAAAUUUGCUCGCACCGUCAUGUGACGUCAUCGGUGAACUCACAAUUGUGACAGGCUCUCAUAAAAUCACUCGGCAAACAAGAAAAAGGAGGCGAUUCAAAGCCAGACUCAUUCAGCAGGAUACGUUUACCGUAUAUGGACAUGAGAAUUGUACGUGGCCAGCCAGAAGAAGCAACCUCUUUUUAAAAAAAAAACCAAACAAAAACAAGACAUAACAUUCCAUGGUCACAUCUCUGGCAGAAACACAGGGUCUUAAAAGUCAACUGUCAUGUGGUUCGACAUCCACUGUCUGCAUGGACUAUAAAAUUCCAAUUGGACUGUCAAGUAAUUGUUGUUGUUGAUUUUCAAUAGCUGUUGCUAAUGCAAACAUAUAUUUUGUGUAUAUGAAAAAUAAAUAUUGUGGUAAUUAUUGAAGUAAAAUGUGAACAGAAUGAUUUUGUGUCUUACUGAGAUACAUGCACAUUACAGAGCUGUUUUCAAAGUUAUAUUGUGCAGGGUAACACUUUCAAGCUUGUCAGAAGGGGGCGCUGCUGCAUCAAGUCAAGGAACAUUUUUAUUUUUUGGAUUUUUUUUUUUUAGCAAAUCACAGACAUGAAAGGGUCAGAUG